UCUCUGGCGUCUUCGUCAAUUUUUUCGCCACCCACCGCUCAUCACUCCUGGCUGGUUCCAUUCCGAGCAUUGCUCUAUUUGUUUCUAUUAUCUGACAGCAUUUGCUGAUAUAUUUUGGCACUUGGACGAAUACAAUUACAAUUACAAUUAAGAGUACGUCUCUAACACGGAGGCAGCAGCAGGUUUGCUGGUUGAUUUUCGUGCCAGCGAUGCUAUCUUUUGGCUUAAAAACACGGUGGCACUCCUUGCCGCACCUUAAUGUUCAGUUUUAGUUUGUUUUUGUCAUAUUUGGGAAGCUAUUUCGCGUAAAUAUUUACAAAUUUUCUGCGCACGGAAAUAGAAAGUAAUAAUGAAUGAAAACUGCAGCGCUUUACAGCACUGAAUCGAGUGCUUUGCAGCACUGGGUUAUCGAUAGUUCCUGCAGGGCUGCAGCAUUUUCCAUUCAACACCAGCUGAUAAUAACAUAAGAAUUGUGAAAUCCGUUUUGAUAAUAACUACGACACGCUAAUUAGAAUAUCCGAAAAUAUGCAGAAAGUGCUGGGCCGUAUACAGGCGCACAUCCUGCGCACACGCUCUCAAAAUGCCAGUGUUUCCAUGAUUAGACAGGAGUCCACAAAACCGGCUGCCACUUCAAAAGAAUUUCGUGAGCGCCAGGUGCGUUUCAACAUUAAAAAUGAACAGACCGAGGGACGUCCGCUGUACUUGGAUGCCCAAGCUACCACACCGAUGGAUCCCCGUGUCCUGGACGCCAUGCUCCCCUUCCUUACCAACUACUACGGCAACCCACAUUCGCGUACUCAUGCCUACGGCUGGGAGACAGAGCAAGCUGUGGAAAAGGCGCGCGAACAGGUUGCCACUUUGAUCGGGGCUGAUCCCAAGGAGAUCAUCUUUACCUCCGGCGCCACAGAAUCGAACAACAUUUCCGUCAAGGGGGUGGCCCGCUUCUAUGGAGCCAAGAAGCGGCAUGUAAUCACCACGCAGACAGAGCACAAGUGUGUUCUGGACUCCUGCCGGGCGCUGGAGAACGAGGGUUUCAAAGUCACCUACUUGCCGGUGCAGGUCAACGGCAUCAUAGACAUGAAACAGCUGGAGGAAACCAUAACACCGGAAACAUCGCUGGUGUCCAUUAUGACGGUGAACAAUGAGAUCGGAGUGAAGCAGCCUAUCAGCGAGAUUGGCCAACUUUGUCGCUCCCGCAAAGUAUUCUUUCACACGGACGCCGCCCAGGCGGUGGGAAAGAUCCCGCUCGAUGUGAACGCCAUGAACAUAGACCUGAUGUCCAUUUCCGGGCACAAGAUCUAUGGCCCCAAGGGCGUGGGUGCCUUGUAUGUGCGUCGCCGACCCCGCGUUCGUUUGGAGCCCAUCCAGAGCGGUGGUGGACAGGAGCGUGGCCUGCGAAGCGGCACUGUUCCCGCUCCACUGGCUGUUGGACUAGGAGCUGCUGCAGAAUUGGCUCUACAGGAAAUGGAUUACGACAAGAAGUGGGUGGACUUUUUGUCGAAACGCCUGCUGGACAGGAUAUCAAGUGCCUUGCCACAUGUAAUUAGGAAUGGAGACCCCGAUGCCACCUACAACGGUUGCUUGAACUUGUCGUUCGCUUAUGUGGAGGGAGAGUCCCUUCUGAUGGCCCUGAAGGAUGUGGCGCUGAGUAGUGGCUCCGCCUGCACUUCUGCCUCCCUGGAGCCCUCCUAUGUUCUGAGAGCCAUUGGCACCGAUGAGGAUCUGGCCCACAGCUCCAUUCGUUUCGGCAUUGGACGCUUCACAACCAUCGAGGAAGUCGAUUACACGGCCGACAAGUGCAUCAAGCAUGUGGAGCGGUUGCGUGAAAUGUCGCCCCUGUGGGAGAUGGUCCAGGAGGGCAUCGACCUUAAGACCAUACAAUGGUCCCAGCACUAAAUAUGUUAGUCGUUACUGUUAUUAUGAAAGCGAAAUAAAUUAGUCCGAAGAGUA